GGCUUCGCAAGUGUGACGCGUUCAUCUCGGAAGCUGCUCCGUGUUUGGUUGCCCGAUCCGUGCGUACUGCAGGGUAGUUGCCUAGCGGACGCUGAUCGGUAGCAAAAACGCACAGUUGCAGUUCGGAGUGAUGAUCUAAACUUCUUUUAAAACCGUGAUGUUGACGCUGCGUGUACAAGCUUUGGCGAGUAAGGUCAUCGAGGGAGCAGGGAUGUUGGUUUGAGUCUUUAAUCGGCUUGAAUGACAGUUUAAAGACACUUCUCUGGAAUACAGAUUAUUUAAGUUCUUGCAAAAAAGAAUGACAUUUUUCUGUGUUUCUGGCGGCAGGUAACGUAAUAGUUCGAGCUUAAUUGCCUGCAAGUAAAGCAGAGGCUCAGUGAAGACUGUACUUGAGCAGUUUGCUGCGUUCGUAAUCCCUGCUUACUAAUCCGGUAAAUGAGAGCUACUACUACCGUCGGUAAUACUGGCGUCCUCGGAAAAUCACAACAUUUAGAACCGCGAUGCUUAGAAGACAGCGCCUUGAAUAUAGUCUAGGUCAGACAACCGAAAUGAAAAGGAUUAAACUGUAAGUGGGGCAGCCAGAAAUGUUCAUAUUUGGUGCUCCUUAUCAGCGAAGACAUUCAUGAUUCAGUGGCUGUUGACAAUUUAUUAUGCGAGGGAUCUCAGCUGUAGCCGAUAGUUGGUACUAACGCGUUCUGUUGCACCAUCCGUCCGCUUCGUCUGACAGUGAACUAUAUUUUUGACUGCCAUGUUAUCGUGGUGACGAUUGGAUGCACCAGUGAUCGGAAGGACCUUGGAAGUAAUGUAUCAUAAUGCUAAAGUGUGACGAGUUGUGGCCGCGAAAACCUAAACAAUACUAGUCACCGCUGUCAGUGCAUGCUCACUUGUCAGCUUGUGAGAUACACGAACUUAUAACCCGGAGCUUGAAACACCCCGGCCACCUACAGAUCAAGUUAAUCUGAUGCCACCACCGAUGAAAACUGGAGGAUAUCACCAGCUGAUCAACCAGCUGAUCUUCAUUGACAGGGUGGCUUCAACUGGCCUGCAAAAAAGUUGCAGACGGCAGCAAGGUGCUCAAGAAACGGAAGGCCAGUUGCUACAAGGACGCUGCCGAUGAGGAGGGCAAGUUUGGCCGCAUGGACGAGGACGCCCUGGAGAAGGAGCGGUACGAGGCAUGGCCUGCUACGGCCGAUGCGCUGGCGGCACCGCGGCCAGGUGAUGGCGGUGAGCUGCUCGAGUCGCUCUCUGCCAAAAAGGAGAACCAUAGUGAGAUUGAGCGGCGGCGGCGCAACAAGAUGACAGCCUACAUCACGGAGCUCUCGGACAUGGUGCCCACGUGCAGUGCGCUGGCGCGCAAGCCCGACAAGCUGACCAUCCUGCGCAUGGCGGUAGCCCACAUGAAAUCCCUCCGUGGAACUGGCAACACAAGCAGCGACGGCACCUACAAGCCUUCCUUCCUCACUGACCAGGAGCUCAAGCACCUCAUAUUGGAGGCAGCUGAUGGCUUCCUCUUUGUGAUCUCCUGUGACACGGGGCGAGUCAUCUAUGUCUCCGACUCGGUCGGCCCCGUGCUCAACCAGUCCCAGUCUGAGUGGUUCAAUGCGUGCCUGUACGACCUGAUCCAUCCAGAGGAUGUCGAGAAGGUACGCGAACAGCUUUCUACCCAGGAGGCCUCCAGCUCGGGGCGCAUCCUUGACCUGAAGACUGGAACUGUCAAGAAGGAAGGUCAUCAGUCGUCGAUGCGGCUAUGUAUGGGUUCCCGGCGGGGGUUCAUCUGCCGCAUGAAGCUGGGGAAUGUGCAGCCUGACGUGCAGGGCCUGCAGAGGCUGCGCCAGCGCAAUGCCUUGGGCCCGUCGCCUGACGGUGCCGCCUACGCUGUCGUCCACUGCACUGGUUACAUUAAAAACUGGCCUCCAUCAGGAGUCCAAGUGGAACCCGGUGAUCAGGAUGGGGGCAGCCAUUGUUGCCUGGUGGCCAUUGGUAGACUGCAGGUGACCAGUGCUCCGAAUCCCAGUGAUCUCGUGGGGUCAAACUCAAAUGCAGAGUUCAUCUCUCGUCAUUCUUUGGAUGGAAAGUUCACUUUUGUCGACCCCAGGGUGACAGCGGUGCUGGGAUAUCAGCCACAGGAGCUGCUGGGCAAGCCAUGCUUCGACUUCUUCCAUCCCGAGGAUCAGGGCCACAUGAAGGAGAACUUUGAGCAGGUGCUCAAGAUGAAAGGCCAAGUGAUGUCGGUCAUGUACCGGCUGCGUGCAAAAAAUCGCGAGUGGAUCUGGCUGCGGACCUCUUCCUUUGCUUUUCUCAACCCUUACACAAACGAUGUCGAGUAUGUUGUCUGCACUAACACUUCGGCCAAGACGUUGUCGGCUGGCGCUGCUGGCACUGACGAUGCACCUGCAGACAUUCCGCUAGGCUAUGGUGGCCAUGCCAAGGAGGGUUUGGACUACUCGCUGCCUCGUGCUGACGCCUACCGCUCAGCAGACAGGCGUCCAGCAGCUCCCCUGGCAUAUGGCUAUGAGCCAUAUGCAGGAGGGCCACGCCUGGCCAAAGGAUCACCUCCUGCCCAGGCUUGGAGUGCUCCUCCACCGCCCAGGGUGCCUCCUCCACAGGAACAAUAUGGAUCCAGUGGAUAUGGUGGUGGCGGCAGUGGCAGCCAACUCAGUCCAUCACGGAGCCCAUCAGGCCCCACAUACACGCAGCUUGCACCAGGUGGUGCAGCACGCCCAGGUCUCUGGGGCCAGUGGCAACCGGGUGAAGCCCCCCCACCUGGAGCAGGAGGAGCCCCACCGCCGCCCCCUGCACAGCAACAAGAACUCUCUGACAUGCUCCAGAUGCUGGACCAAUCGGGCACGGCAUCGUUUGAAGAGCUCUCCAUGUUCAACUCAUUUCCCGAGUGACUGCACACACAUCGUGGUGGGGGGGGGGCCCUCUUUUGUAACUGCAGCAACAGCGCCGUGGUGCAAGGGUUUUGGUAGCAUGCCUCAUCGUGGACCAGCAAUGUACUUGACCCGCGUGAAGAAAAAAAAAAGAAAAAAAAAGAAAACCCAGGUCACAGAAAUACACUGCACUGUACUGCACCCAAGACCGCUCUCUGCCAUCCUGCUUUCGCCCUUUUGUGGCGCACCUGCCACCGCAUCACUGAGCUGGUAGGAAACAUCACCCCAAACGAAGAAAGCUGGCUUUAUAUUUCAUGAAGCCGAAGAAACCAUUUUUCAACAUAUUGAAGGUGAAGAUUAAAUCAUUGGUGCCUACUUGAUUAUAGAGUAUAAGCUGGAACAAACAUUUUAGUUUGACUCAGAUUUCUCAUUUCUUUUUUUCUUGAAGGGCAAGUUUCAUGAGCUUGCAAUAGAUGUAUGCAUUGUACAUUCCUCAUAUUUUUACAGGACAUGCAAUUCAUUUCAAAGUACUUCUUGCGCACAUUCCUUCAACUUCUGCAAGUUUUAACAUUAUAAGCUGGAAAGCAAUUGUUGGUCACAGAAAAUUGAAGCUUGUCUGCUUUGUAUGUUUUGUUGUAGGUGGCAUGCUGCAGUUUUGGGAUCGGUAGUAAGACAGCUUUAGGUGGUAGUUCUUACGACGAAGCUAUCAUGGCAUCUUGAUUAUGGCACAUCAAAGGGUCAAUGGCCCCAUAAGCUUUCUUUUUAUGUACAGGGCUCCAAGAUGCUCUAAAUGUGCUUUGUAGUUCGUGACAUUGUACCUAAUUUUGUUUAUCUUCCUCUGUAAAGCCUUCCUUCUGUGUGCUUUUCAUAAAUCUAGGUUGAGAUAAAGGUGUCUUCGAAAUCUAAUCACACCAUGCCAUGUACUCUUUUUGCCCUGCAGUAAAACAUUUCUUUCAAGGGUA